UCUCCUGUGCGCCAUGGCAGCGAGCACACCACCAGGCAGCCCUGAGGAGCCUCCACCGCACACGGGGACGCCGUGAUGAUGAUGAUGAUGAUGAUGAUGAUGGCUGGACAACUUUGAACUCUGCAGGGAUGAUGUUUGUCCUCCAUGAGAUUUGAUGGUUUCUGCACUGGGAGACAGUAAGAGGUCUGCCAAACAUCCGCACCCCCAUGACGCCGGGACAUGGCGAUGCUUAGCGGUGUAGAGCGGCCGUGGAACGCGUCGGAGCGUCUGGGCUGGGACGAGCGCAACGAGAGCGCGGCGGAGGAGGCCUGGCGGGGUGAGGGCGAGCGCCACUACUACGCCAUGUUGUACUCGCUGCUCAUCCUGGCCAUCGUGUUUGGCAACGUGCUGGUGUGCCUGGCCGUGCUGAGGGAGCGCUCCCUGCAGACCACCACCAACUACCUGGUGGUCAGCCUGGCUGUGGCCGACCUGCUGGUGGCCUCGCUGGUCAUGCCCUGGGCUGUCUACCUGGAGGUGGUUGGUGGCGCCUGGCUUUUCAGCCGCCUGUACUGUAACAUCUUCGUCACGCUGGAUGUGAUGAUGUGCACCGCCAGCAUCCUCAACCUGUGCGCCAUCAGCAUCGACAGGUACACAGCCGUGGUGAUGCCUGUGUUGUACAACACCACACAUCGCUCACGUAAGAGAGUCUUCGUAAUGAUCACCACCGUGUGGGUCCUGGCCUUCGCCGUCUCCUGCCCCCUGCUGUUUGGCUUCAACACUACAGACGACCCCAUGGUGUGCUCCAUCUCCAACCCCGACUUCGUCAUCUACUCCUCCGUGGUGUCCUUCUACCUCCCCUUUAUGGUCACGCUGCUGGUGUACAUCCGCAUCUACGUCUUCCUGAGGAUGCGGAGGAAGAGGAUCACCUUCAGCCAAGCCAGCGGGAAAGUGCAGCCGGGCUCCACGCCGCCCUCCGUGGAGACAUGUCUACAGGAGAAAGCCAAGACCAAACAUGACCUGUCUCCUAUCAGGAUUAAAAUGCAGUGCGUGGAGCCUUUAGCCCCGCCCAAGUCCCGCCUGCUGUCAGCCUGUCUGUGGCGCAAGCACCCAAAGACGGGCCCCGUGGAGAACUCUGCGCUGCCCCAGGUGGACUCUGAGAACUACUGCAGCAUCAGCCAUGCGUCCUGCGGCCGCACCGAGCUGGAGCUGGACCAUGACCGGGAGCGAGGCCACAACAUGGCGGCGGCGGCAGCGGAGAUGAGCCAGAACGUGCAGUUGUCGGUCAGGAUGAGCUGCGAGGUGAAGGACCUCUCCAACGGGCGCACGCACACAUCGCUGCGGCCCGCCAGCAUCAACAAUCCCAGAUUUAGGAGCAUGCACGCGCGCGAGAAGAAAGCCACGCAGAUGCUGGCCAUCGUGCUCGGGGUGUUUCUCAUCUGCUGGCUGCCCUUUUUCGUCACGCACAUCCUCAACACGCACUGCAGGACGUGCGAGGUGCCGCCAGGCCUCUACAGCGCCUUCACCUGGCUGGGCUACGUCAACAGCGCCCUCAACCCAGUCAUUUACACCACCUUCAAUGUGGAGUUCAGGCGCGCCUUCAUUAAGAUCCUCAGCUGCUGAGAUAGAGGAGAUAAAAACUUUUCCAGGUUUAAUUGGACAAGAAAGACGCUUUCAAGAAGCACAAAGUGUGGACUUGUUUGUGCUCAUGUGGUGUGCACGUUCUUCCUCCAUGUGUGUUUGUUUGGGAACGAGGUGCAGCUGGUGACUUUUUGCCGCGCGUGGACUAUAUGAGGUUAUGAAUGGCGUUAAUAACGCCGCCUCUACAAGCCCGAGCAGUGCAUGCACGCCAAAGUGAAGCGGUUACGCUCUAUUGGGCUGUCAUGAAUAGAUUUAGUACAAGGUGCAUCCACUCAAAGAUGGGACAUUUUUCAUGCAGUUUUUUUAGUGUUUACCGUCAGCCUUGCUGUGAUGCGCAGACACACAUCAAGGAUUUUGACGCCAUGUCUGUAGUGUAAAUAAAAACAAAAGCACAAACCGAUUCCCAGGGGCGCACUAUUUAGUUCAGCUGCGGCUUUCUGCCCGUGUCCCGAUCAUUCGGUUACGUUCCGCUAAGCUUGCGUGUGGUGUUACCCCAGGAUAGCUUGGAUCAUCAAAGUCUUCUCAUAUAAACACAAAAACUAGCUUACACGGAGCGGCACCAUACACACAAAUUCCAAGUAGUAAUAAAAUGAAAGUCUAGGAGGUAUAGUUAGGCCUAACACAAACUCACCAUGGAAGGUGGAAACAGGGACACGACCAAAAAGAGAAUACAGUGGAACCUUAGUAUCAUUAAAUUUGUUCCAGAAGGUUCGACGCAAACAGAAUAAAAUUUUCCCACAAGAAAUCAUGUAAAUACAAUGAAUUUGUUCCAGAAAGCCAAAAAUGUUAACACAAAACAUAUUUUAAUAGGUGGUCAAUUAUAGUUUUACAUGCAGUAAACAAUUCCAAAUGCAUACUAACACAUGUAAAUGAUGACUGAAAGGGAUAAAAGGAACAUUUAGGUCUACUUUCACCUUCACCUUCACCUUCACUGAAGAUGUGAUUACUGAUGCCAGUGUUCCCAAAGACACCACCUUCCUGUUUGUCCACGAGUUAUUUCUAGAAUUCAAGUGUUUCUCGCCUCAGUAAACCCACGAUGGAGCUACAGAAAGUUUCAAGUACCAGCAUUUUGAUGAAGAGGGUGAAAAACUAUUUUGUCAGUCGCGCAUCUGAGCAUGCGCUACGUGCAUUGUGUAAGUUUUUACAUAGAUCAGACUUUUACAGUCUUUUAAUAAGAGUCAGUAAGAAUUUAACAUCUAAGAUGUGUGGUUAUUGAUCACUUAUGUUCCUACAUUUAUAAAAUAAUAACUACCACUGCACGUGAUGUCGCGGAAAAGGAGGAAGUGACGUAGUAUCGCCGUUAUGCAGAACCAAUCGCGUUUCUGAUAGGCAUAGUGUAGUGACAGAAGCUAAGGAUGUUUUGUGAUAGAAUACAUUAAGAACACAGUUGGACCUACGCAAUGUAUUAAUAACAACAGUGCGCUCAGUUUAUUGUGCACUAAUCGGAGAAUUUACUAAACCAGGGGUACAUCUUGGCAUGCAAAACUGAAAAACACGUUAACCAAGGUUCCCAUGUAAAUAGAGUAAACAUGAAUAGUACUUACCAAGAAGCGAACGGGGUACAUCGAGCGCCUGGGUUGUGAGAGUCUAACGUAACAAAGCAAAGACGUGAUGAUCCGGCUACUAACAAAAAGCCCCAGCUGAACUAAAUACUACGCUGAUUACACGUCAAACUCAAGUUUAUUUGCUCUCUCGGGUGCCAUACAGGAAGUAGAAAUACAAAUUAAAAGCACCACACAGGAAAUGAAGGGGGAACACAGGAAAACCGACAUGGCCGUCUUUUUACGCACGUGUCGUAUUAUUUAUCUCGUGAAUGAAGACAUAAUGUUGUACAAUAACUCUGUGGGAGAAAUUAUUUCACAAUUCAUGGUCAGUGGAAAUAUGAAAAAUGUACAAAGAGGAAAAAACAUGAAGGAUGUUGGGGAAAAAAUAGGCUUAAGUAGACCAGCACAGGUAUCCAUUGGGGUGUCUAAUAAAAAGUGCGGGGAAAAUCAUGAUUUGUUGUUUUGUUGUUCUGUUUUUGGGCCACUUCCAUUG